CACUUCCCAAACAAGUCCUCCUGGAAGGAUAAAGGCGGGGGCCGAGGAGGCCGGGUGAGAACCGCAGAUGUAGGAUUGAGAAAGAAAAGGGUGAGAGGAAUCAACGGAUGAGGCCACAGACUGUCUCAUCUUGGCUGACAUCGCAGGGCACGGCAUUGGCUGCUGUCCCACGUAAUGUAACUUCUCCACCGUCAGUCUUCUGGCCCUCGCAGGCUGUGGGACAACAUCCCCAGAUCGCCGCCCUCUGAGGGAAAUGGAACUGCUGGAAACAUCAGCAGAGCAGUCUCAGGGCUCUGUGGCUUUCGAGGAGGUUGCUGUGUAUUUCACAGAGAGUCAGUGGGCUCUGCUUGGUCUGUGUGAAAGGGCUUUAUACCGAGACGUCAUGCAAGAAAAUUAUGAAAAUGUGGCCUCUUUAGGAUUUUCAGUUGUGAAACCCAGCUUGAUCUCCAGGCUUGAGCAAGAGGAAGACCCAUGGAUUUCAGAAGAUCAGCCGGUUGAGCCUGGCACAGAACUUCCUGAUGUGAUAAUAAAGGUAGAAGAAGAAGAGGAGUCGUGGGUCCUGGACCACCAGAGAUGUGCGGGCAAUAAGGCCUUUCCAGGUACUAGUUCAGGAUUUCCUGACAUUGUAAUAAAGCAAGAGCGGGAAGAAGAGCCAUGGGCCUUAGAUCACCGAGGAUUCGAGGAAAACGGAAGUGUUGCCACUGUUCAGCCAGGGUUCCCUGGUAUCAUAAUAAAGCUGGAACUCAAAGAGGAGACAUGGGCCCCAGAUUUCCACGUAUCUGAGGAAAGCGCCACAGUCUCAGGCAUCCAAUCAGGUAAUGGGUGUAUGAAAGAUGAAGGCUACCUCCUACCAGAAAACACUAAUCAAGAGAGGCACCAAGGGAAUGCUUUGGGGACGAGAGUGAGAAAGACUUUAUCUUGUGGGGGAGAUGAAAAUGAAAUCAAAUUUCAAAAGAGAAUCUAUAAGUCUGGAAGAAUGCUUCAGAAAGGAGAGGAACCUUAUAAACAUUUAGAUGGUGAGAAGAAAUCUGGUUGGAGAUAUUACCUGAUGACCCAUGGAAAAAGCCACACAGGAGAAAAACGAAACACAUGCUCAGUCUGUGGGAAAAAAUUCUUUAGAAGAUCACAUCUUAUUAGACACAAAAUAAACCAUACAGGGGAGAAACCAUAUCCGUGUGUAGUCUGCAGGAAAAGCUUCAGUCAAAGAUCCCAUCUUAUUAGCCAUGAAAGAACCCAUACAGGGGAAAAACCAUAUCAAUGCUCUGUCUGUGGUAAAAAUUUGAGUCGCAAAGCACUCCUAAUCAGACAUGAGAGAAUUCAUACAGGAGAAAAACCAUAUAAGUGCUCUGUAUGUGGUAAAAGCUUUUGUCAGAGCUCUGGCCUUAUUGCACACAAGAUCACCCAUACUGGAGAAAAACCACAUGUAUGUUCAGUCUGUGGGAAAAAGUUUAGUCGCAAAGCAAGCCUUAUCAGACAUGAAAGAAUUCAUAUGGGAGAGAAACCAUAUACAUGUCCAGUCUGUGGCAAAAACUUUAGUCAGUGCUCUGGCCUUCUUCAGCAUGAAAGAAUUCAUACAGGAGAGAUCCCGUACAAAUGCUCAAUCUGUGGUAAAAGCUUCAGUCGUAAAGAUUGCCUUCUGGGACAUAAGGGAAUCCAUACAGGAGAAAAACCAUAUACAUGCUCAGUCUGUGGGAAAAGCUUCAACUGGAAAAGUUACUUAGCUGUCCAUGAGAGAAGUCAUAAUGAAGAAAAAUCAUAUAUAUGCUCAGUCUGUGGGAAAAGCUUUAACCAAAGAUCAAACCUUCUUAGCCACGAAAAAACCCAUACACAAGAAAAAACAUACACAUGCUCCAUUUGUGGUAAAAACUUCAUUCACAAAGUAAGCCUUAUUAGACAUGAACGAGUCCAUACAGGAGAGACACCCUAUAAGUGCUCUGUCUGUGGGAAAGGUUGCAGUGGGAGAACGAACCUUAUUUCACAUGAAAGAACCCACACAGAAGAAAGACCUUACACCUGUUCUUUCUGUGGUAAAAGGUUCAAGCAAAGAUCCAACCUCACCAGCCAUGAAAGAAUUCAUACGGGAGAAACUCCCUAUACUUGCUCAGUCUGUGGUAAGAGCUUCAGCUGCAAAGCAAAUCUUCUUGGACAUAUGAGAACCCAUACUGGGGAGAAACCAUAUUCAUGCUCAGUUUGUGGGAAAAGCUUUGGUAAUAAAUCACAGGUAGUUAUUCAUGAGAGAAUUCAUACAGGAGAAAAACCAUAUACUUGUUCAAUAUGUGGGAAAAGAUUCAAACACAGAACAAGCUAUACUGAGCACCAGAAAAUACACACACAGGAAAAACCAUACACAUGCUCAGUGUGUGGUAGAAGCUUCAGUCGUAAAGAGCACCUGAUUAUCCAUGGGAGAAUUCACACGGGAGAGAAACCGUAUUCAUGCUCAGUCUGUGGGAAAAGCUUCAAGCAAAAAUCAAGCCUUACUUCACACGAGAGAAGCCACACAGGAGAGAAACCACAUACAUGCUCAGCCUGUGGUAAAAGUUUCAAUCGAAGAUCAAACCUGAUUCUUCAUGAGAGAAUUCAUACAGGAGAAAAACCACACCCUUGUGAAGUCUGUGGGAAAAGUUUCAGGAGCAAAGCAUACCUGAGGAGACAUGAAAAAAUCCACGCGAGAUAGAGAAUCCACACAGAAAGAGAUCUAUGUAGAUUCUCCGAAUGCAAUGAAAACCACAGUUGAUAAAGAAUAAUUAAAUAAAAUUCUUCCAGUAAAGAAGGUAUAUAAAUAAUCUUUGUAUUUAAAUGUAACACUAAACCACAGAGUAGAACUAUGGGAAUGAAUUUCAGGCUCACAUGUGCCCCCUUCCCCUCUCCUCUCCAAGUUUUGCUGA